AUGGAUCUUCUCCACAGUUGGGGGGUAGAGCUGGCAGUCCAUCUGCAGACUACAUACAGCAGGUAUGAAGGCUUGUUCAGCCUGGCGUCCACAGUGGCCGACCUGCACACCACGUUCUUCUGUUUCUUCCCGAUCUGGUUCCACCUGCGGAGGGACACAGGGCUCAGGCUCAUCUGGGUGGCCAUACUCGGAGACUGGCUCAACUUGGUCCUGAAAUGGAUUCUGUUCGGGGAGAGACCGUACUGGUGGGUUCAUGAGACCCGGUUUUAUGGAGCAGGACCGGCCCCUUCUCUGCAGCAGUUUCCCAUCACAUGUGAGACUGGACCAGGAAGCCCUUCAGGUCAUGCUAUGGGUGCAGCUGGAGUCUGGUAUGUGAUGGUAACAGCGCUACUCGCUAUUGCAACAGAGAAGCGAUGCCCCCCUUUACUGUACAAAUUCUUGCAGGUAGGCCUGUGGAUGCUAAUGGGCCUGGUAGAGCUGGUGGUCUGCAUGUCCAGGGUCUACAUGGCUGCCCACUUCCCACACCAGGUUGUUGCUGGAGUCAUAACAGGUGUGCUUGUCGCUGAGGUUGUCUCGAAGAAGAAAUGGAUCUACAGCGCCAGCAUGAAGAAUUACUUCUACACAACUCUCUUCUUGACCUCCUUCGCUGUUGGUUUCUACCUGCUGCUCAAAGCUCUGGGUGUGGACCUGCUGUGGACUCUGGUGAAAGCCCAGAAGUGGUGCGUGAAGCCCGAGUGGGUCCACCUGGACUCCACGCCCUUCGCCAGCCUCCUGCGUAACAUGGGCAGCCUGUUCGGCCUGGGUCUCGGCCUGCACUCUCCCCUCUACGCCGAGACCAAGACGAAGAAAACAACCACCAGUUUCAAGAUUGGAUGUAUUAUUGUCUCCUUAUUCCUGCUUCAGCUGUUGGAUGGAUGGACAUUUUCCACUGCAAAUCUUAUGACUUUCUAUUUCCUGUCUUUUGGUAAAAGUGCAGUUGCGCUUUUAAUCCCAACCACCCUGGUUCCCUGGGCUCUGUGCUGGAUGUGCAGGGCACAGAGAGAAGUCAAGAACUUGUGA